AAACGUGUGACCACGCUACAACAGGCUACACCCACUCGACGCCCCAUUACGUCAUCACAACACAAUGAAUAAUUUGCCACGAAAUCGGGCUGUGAUACAGUGUCGGAGUGAUUUGCUGACGGCUAAGCGGUCGACAGUGAUGAGUGGCGCAGCAAGACAUCGACGUCGCACGUUCGUGCGCCCGACAAGAGCGCAGACGAAAAAAGCCGGCGAUUCGGACUCGCAUCGAGACGCGGAGGAAACCUACGAGCAAAUGAGAUUGCGGGAAGUAUUUCCGAAUCCUGCUACACUGCGUUUGGACGUCAUCGUUCACAAGGGACGAAAUCUGAAGAAAACUAAGAUGGAGAAACUGUACAGCUGGUUGUUGGAUACCGUUCUAGAUCCUUAUGUUCGUCUGGAGGUUACUCAACCUCUACAGAAAGCAUCGGGUAUUGCAGUGCAACACUCAACGUGCAAAGAGGACAAUGAGUACCCAGUAUGGGAGGAAGAGUUUUCAUUCCUUCUUGAUUCUUCAAAUGAUCUUGGAAAGCUUCGAGUGACAAUCUGGGACUCCAACUACUUGAUCGACAGUCAGUGGUCUGAGUCGGUGGCCAUCGAUCUGAGUGAUAUUGAAAUGGGAGAGAAAUUCAUCUUCAAGACUUUGACUGUUCAUAAUGAUGGUGAGUUGGACAUUUCACUGAGAAUUCGGAAGCCAACGUUUGACUUGCGAUUCGGAUCACAGCUGCACACAAGGGAGGAAGAAAUCGUUAGCAAACGCCACAAGAAGAAUGCGACUGCAAUACAAAAGCUACUGAAGAGGUGCAGGAUAAAGAGAAAUCAGGUUCCCGUCAUCAAUGUAGCGUGUUCGGGCGGAGGUAUCCGCGCCAUGGUUGGAACAUCAGGAGCAGUGAGGGCUCUACAAGACUCCGGCCUUCUCAACUGUUGCACCUACUUUUCCUCACUCUCAGGCUCAUCAUGGUAUCUCUCUAAUCUGUAUUCAUUGGAUGGCGGACCUGACAUCAACAGAUGCAAUUCGUUUCUUCGAGAGCGUUGUUCCAAGAUGGGACCUUUGGUGACAGUACAACGAGCCGAUGACUUUUUUGGAGACAUUUACAAGAAGUAUUUUGAUGGUAUUGAUAUAUCAUUGGUGGAUGUGUGGGCGGGGCUACUGGGUUCUGUCUUUCAACCGGACAAGGAACUCAAAGGCCCGAAAAAGAUUUCACAUCAGAAAGAUGCCGUGGCUACGUGCCAACUGCCGUUCCCCAUAUACACGGCCAUCCAUGUUAAAGAGAAUGCAACAGCACAAGUAUUCUCAGAAUGGAUCGAAUUCACACCAUUCGAGUACGGAACCCGUAACUUCAAGACAUUUGCUCGCAUAGAAGACAUUGGCAGUGACAAAUGCCACGGCAUCGUCUGUCGGCGAUCCGAAGAAUUCGACUUGUCGUUCAUGCACGCUGUUUGGGGGAGUGCAUUUGCUGGGACAUUAGGAAGCUCUGCAGACAAACUAGGCGGCAGCAGCAGCUCCGUUCUUGUCUGGAUAUUUCGCAAGAUGCUCGGCCUAUUUUCUGGCCUCCACAGUUUGCGACCGUUUGCUGCUUCGCUUCCCAACUUUCUCUAUGGCUUGCCCACACACCACAUGUGGUGCAUGACUCGCAGCGUCAAAGAGACAUUCAUUGAUUCGAGUGCAGAAAAAGACGGCCCAGAUGCCAGUCAAGAAGCGACAGCCGCUCUAGAUCUCAUUCACCACACAGUGAGCACCCUGAAAAACUGCUCGCCUCUGGAAACGUCCGCACAAAGUGUGAAUGUACCCGAACGUCUGCUAGUGAGAGAGAACUCGCCGAUGCGCAAACGGAAGAUGACCAGAGCGGGCGCACAGAGAACAGGCCUGACACCCAGCCCUGUGGAUUUCUCUGAUGGUGCAGACACGACGGCAGGACCAAGACCGAAAUUCAGCCGGAUGAUCUCAGAGAGCAUCCUGAAAGACGACUGUAUGGUCGUCAUCGAUGCCGGACUGGAUUUCAACUUGCCUCUCCCGCCGCUCCUUUGCACCGAACGACAAACCGAUAUUUUCCUGGUCUUUGACUUCACGUGGCGUCGCUCACAGAUGACAAGCCCUUUCAAGGAAUUGUUGGUUGCUGAAGAGUGGGCUCAUGCUCACGGCCACCGAUUUCCAACGAUUCCUAAAGACACCUUUGAUCCUCAAAAUCCUCAGGAGUACUACAUAUUUGAAGACGAGGACGAUCCUAAAUGCCCCAUUGUCGUAUUCUUCGUUCUCUGCAAUGUUCGUCGGCGUCUCGCUCACGUCCCGGGUCAGGACGAGUCAUUUGCCAAUGUGAAUCCGUUUUCGCGCGUCUACAGCACGUUCAACUUCUAUUACACGACAGAGGAUUUCGACCGUCUGCACGAGUUAUGCUAUUACAACACGCUGCUGGCCGUUGACGACAUCAAGAAGGCCGUCAACAGAAGGAUAAAACUAAGACAAGUUAGAUGAUGAUAACUAUUGAUAUCAACGAGUAGUACAUCGUGUGCUCGUGCGUACGCAUGGUAGUGUCUGGUCUCAUUUUGUGACUGUAUACGUCGACUAAACGAAGUUGUAAUCUGUAGUGAUUCGAGAACUUUGUUCAUCAAACGUUGUGGUUUGUAUGGGUUGACUGCA